UACUAGUAUCAUCAUACCGAUAAGGAGGUUACAUGACAGACGAGCUGAUCAUUUCCACUGUUCCGGUUCAUCACCUAUGGGACCAGUGACCAACCCAGAGACUGGUCGAAGCUACCGGAGAGAACACGGCAGUUUCUGCCAUAGAGUACUUGCCUCAGUACUGGAUAGCAGAUGUCGCACGCGAUAAUGAGGGUCGGACUAUUAAUCUUUCUAUCAGGGUGGUUGUGUCUGGUUGUACCAGGUGUUACCAGUACAUCAGAAUCCCCAGAACCCCCAAUUGAGACAUCCUUCUUAACAGAACCCCCAAUUGACACCAUCUCCACACCAAAACCUCCAUCUGAAACCACCUCCACACCAAUCACCACCAGUGAGAUUAUCUCCUCAGCCACCCCUUCCUCACCCCCACCAACAACCCCAGAUUCUUUAUCCUCCUCCACCACCCCCAACUCCACGACUUUCUCCCCAGUCAACAUCACCACCAUUAUUCCCCAGACCAACUCUACACAGACCACCAUUCACACACCAGGCCAGGAAUCAGGAGCGACCUCACCUGUAGCCACCACAUCCUUGCCAACCCAGACUCCAUCUGAGCAGAGCACGACACCCAUCCUGACAUCCCAGCCCACCCAGCCCACUCAGCCCCACCAGUCAACUGUGAACGGGUCCACAGGAACCACCAGCAGCCAGACUCCAGCCACCAGUCUGAGCAAUUCUACUGGGUCCUCCACCUCUUCCUCCACCUCUUCCUCCACCUCUUCCCCCACCUCUUCCCCCACCUCUUCCCCCACCUCUUUCUCCUCCACCACCUCCUCCUCCACCUCUUCUUCUGAGCCGCAGUUCUCCACCUCUGCUGUGCUGCUGACUACUACGGCAGGAUCCAAACCCACAACCUCUCAGUCAGUGUCAGGCACCAUUCAUCAGACCACCGCUACCGUGGACAGCAAGAGUCAAUCCAGGGCUUUCAGCUCAGGAAAAGUCGCAGCCAUCGUGCUCGCAUUCAUUGCUAUAGUGAUCCUGAUGUUCGGAGGGGCCUACUACUUGAAGUGGAGGCGUUCCUCCUACGGCCGUCUCCUAGACGACAACGAGUAUGCGUCAUUCCACAACCCUCUAUAUGAACACUGACCUCCAACGACAGCCUGUGCUACCGCUGUUUGACCCCCGACACCCGGAGAGAAUUUCUUGAUGACCAGAAGGAGAGAGAGAGAGCCCACUGAGCCUCAGACAGAGCCUGUAUGACCCCUUACCCUGGGCUAGCUGGACCACCUCAUGGAUGUCCAGAUAGAAAGGUGUCCCCUAGCGGGGCUCUUGAAGGACGGUGUGUCUGGAAUGACCAGGAGACUAUCCAGCACGCAUCAGGCCCAUUCUCUGAUAUCCCAUUCGCUUGCACUAAAGAGUAUAUGCACAGAGUAUAUGUUGAUAAUAUAUAGAUCGCUCUGGAGUGAUUUGAAAUUGUUCACGACUGUGAUUAUGUUCUUGUGAAGGUUCUUUAAGCAAAGUUGUUUCUGUUCCUUGAAGCGACUGCUCACCCUGGCAGUCGACUGUUUGUUGUGAUCACUGACGUGUGUUUGCAAGGAAACAGUUGUUCAGUGUGUUUUUCUAGACAAAAGCCAGUACUGUGACAAUCCCUAUGUGAAGGAUCCUCACCUGACCUACUCUGACACACUGUUGUUGAUUCGAUUUUAUGAUUUUUGUGACCUUUCUAGAAGUUAAUAAAUGUUACUGCACUGUA